AAUCUGGUGAAUAUAAUCGUCGCUUCUCUGUUUGAUCCAAAUCUUUUGGGGUUGAAUAUUGUACACCAACUGUUCGAUGAAAUGUCUUACAGAGAUUUCGUCCUGAUUCAUUUACCUCACUAAUUGCGAGCCUUCUUGCCGUCGUCACGAAUUCGUAGAAAUUUAGGUUUGCUAAAGCUUGAAGAUGAGUUCUACUGUUUGGUGGGAAGGAGCUGAGAAGACACGAGUUCUCAUAGCCCCAGAUUCAGGUUGUGGCGGAAACAAACCCGGAGAACUGUUAACACUCCGCCAUCCAAAAUCAGAAAAUGGAACAUGCUUCCUUUUUAAUAAUGAGAUGCUUCAAGAACUUCAGUGGUUUAAGCAAUCUUAUGGUUCUUGGUUCUUGGGAGAUUACAUAUCUGAAGAUGGAAGCUUAUAUAUGGCCACUCCAGUUGAUCCUGUUUUCAUAUUGUUGCCUAUUUUCGACGAAGCAAGAAUGAAGAAAGGUGAAAAUUCUGGAAAGUUCAGGCAACUAGAUGAGAUUUUAUUUGUGGAAGGAUAUCCUGGAUAUCAACAUUUGUUGUCACUUGCAGAGAAGUGUAUGGAAAUCGUUUGUCAAACUCAAGAGGUUGGAUCGAUGAAGUUCUAUCGGCUUGAUAACUCGAAAGUCUUAGCUUGGUUAAGUUGUAAGAUCUACUGUUUAAAGAAUUCUCUACCGGAAUUGGACAAAAACUAUGCAGCUCAAGAUGAGAAACAAACAUUGGUAGAUUCCGUCUCAAUUGUAGGAGAGUACCUGAAGACCGAGCCUUGGUUGAAGCUUCUAUAUGAUCAUCUUGGACUCAAAUUUGUUGACCCGACGAUGAAAGAAACCAAUAUGGAGAAUCUUCCAACUGCAAAUGAGAAUAACAUGGCAUCAUCAAAUUCAAUACAGGAGAAAGCGAAUAAGAAGCCAGGAAAACAGACAAAGCAAGCAAAGGUAGAGACUGGAUCAAAGAACAUAAGGGAUAUGUUUUCAAGGGCUUGUAAGAAAAAAUGCUGAAUGUUCAAAAUCGGUUAAAACUAGCCAACUAUUUAUGAUUAUUCUAUUAUGCUAUCGGAUGAUCUUCGCUUAGCUAUAACAUCUUGAACAAAGACCCAACUCCCAAAUGUGUUUAUUCUAUAUUUCUAGCAAAUGUCGUGAGAAUACAUGAGAAUCAUUGUAAUUUGUAAACUAAAGAUUGUAACAAUUAUUACAAUUACAAGAAAAUUCAGGCUCAAUA